AUGAAUGUCAAAGUUGUUAUCGUGAUUUUGCUGAGUAUAGAGUGCGCUUGGCGAAUCGGAUGUAGACGAGUUGAUGCGAGAAGCAAGAGGCAAACUUUGUAUUCACCACCCAUUGUGUACCCUAACGGCGGUACUUUCAAGUUAAUCGUGGGAGUCGCUGUACCAAUUGCGAUGCCGGGUAGAACUUUUGUCUAUGGUCAAAAUUUCCAAUUCCAGUAUGCUCUGCCACAGAACUUAUCGUUCUUCCCAGAUUUUUUUUCAAAAUCUUCUCGACGUCGAAGAGAUAUAGCAAUCCCCAUGGAACGAACGAUUGCAUACCAAUUUUUUGAAGCUGAAUAUGAAAGAAGAGGUAUAAGUGGUCGAGAUUGCAUGAAGAGGAGCAUAUGCGAAUCCGCUGAAAUUCCAUUAAAAGACGAGGGUCUAGUGGGCGAACUCCUAGAAGUACUGCUGACACCAAACUACGGAGGAGGAUCAUUUGCAGAUCACGAUUACAUGGAGGCGGUGGAAGCCGGAAGACGAGGGGAUGACUGUCUCCUGAUUUACCCAGGUUGCCCAAGCGGAUAUGGAAUAUUGGAUUAUAUAUCGCAAGUCGACUACCUUGGUCAUAGUUAAUGAUGUUAGUUGAUGCCCAUAUCAAAUUCAAGUCCGUAAG